GAGGAGCCCUUCGUGAUGGUGUCGGAGAACGUUCUAGGCAAGCCCAAGAAGUACCAGGGGUUCUCCAUCGACGUUCUGGAUGCCCUCUCCAGCUACCUGGGGUUCAAGUAUGAGAUCUACGUGACGCCCGACCACAAGUACGGCAGCCUGCAGCCAGACGGCAUCUGGAACGGCCUCAUGGGAGAGCUUGUGUUCAAGCGUGCUGACGUGGGUCUCUCAGCCUUGACCAUCACCCCGGAGCGCGAGGGUGCGGUGGACUUCACGUCCCGCUACAUGGACUACUCCGUGGGGGUGCUGCUGCGGAAGGCUGAGCGUACGGUGGACAUGUUCGCCUGCCUGGCGCCCUUCGACCUGUCCCUGUGGGCGUGCAUCGCCGGCACGGUGCUGCUGGUGGGCGUGCUGGUGUACCUGCUCAACUGGCUCAACCCCCCGCGCCUGCCCUUGGGAGCCAUGACCUCCACCACGCUCUACAAACUCCAUGUGGUUCGUCUACGGGUCCUUCGUCCAGCAGG